CCCUGUUGUUAUAUGUAUGUAUAAUGUUUGAAAUAAAGCGCACAACAAAACGUGGAGGCUGGUACAGAGUUGAAGUUGUGUGUCCUGGUUGGUUGUCAUAGCCACAGCACGACGGUUUCAUAAACAAAUGUUGGAGACACAAAGGCUACAAUGGACGGACAACACGAAAAGGAUCAAUUUUCAAUGGCGCACUAUGACUCCCGGCGAAGGCGCACGUUAGAUGUGGGCGGAGAUGCUGCGGGGUAUGGAACACAGCGAAUGAGUGGCAACAUCAAUUUCAGCACACGGAACCGGUUAUUUUCACAAAUAAGACAUGCAAAGAGAAGUACGGAUCAGUGCGAUGAAGCGGAUAUUUGGGGUCUACCAGACACUAUUGCAGAGAAAAAAAACUCAGACAUUAUUCACCACCUUGUUGAGAAAAGGCGAAAGGACCACAAUGAAGCUGUUUCCAUGAUGCAGAUGGAUCUCUCCAGCAUUUCUGUGGAUUUUGAAGCAUUGUUUAGGGAGACGGCAAAGGAUUUCUUGCAAAAAUGGUCAAAAAAUAAAGACAGUUUUGAAAAUGUCUCUGAUUUAACAGCACACAGCUAUCAGGAUACCAGCGAUAUAUGGAAUAAAGCGUGCCACACAUCCUUCUUGAUGAGACAGUGGAUUAAAGAGCAAGAUGAGAUUUAUGCCAGAUUUGAAUCUGAGAGAAAAAUCAAAAUUUCUGCAGUACUGAGAAAGUACAGUACAAAACUGGAGAAAAUCAGUUACUUGAUGCCGUACGAUGUUCACAGACUACUGGAUAAUACAGCCAUGAUGAUAAACCAAGCUCUGUUGGCAAAUCGAUGUGCUUUGGCCAAACUGUCUUUGAAUUGGAUGGAGAAAUAUUUGCAGAUGGAUGUUUUUCAGAGGUUAAGAUGCGAGGACAAACUUCAAAACUGGCAGAAAAAUCUAACUUCUUGAAGCCCUUAAGCAGUUUAACCAGAUGACCCCACCAUUUCUGCCCAUGUCUCUGCCUGCCUUUUGGACAUCUCAUCUUGGAUGAAAGAGCAUCCACUACAACUCAACCUGUCCUAGACAGAACUCCAGGUAAUACCGGCCAACACAUCAAUUGAACACCAACUUACCGUUCAGCUUGGAUCCUCAACUACAACACCCAUCAAGUCUGCGAGGAACCUGGGGGUGGUGUUCGACGACUACCUGAAAUUCACCUCUCACACUGCAGCAACCACUCGAAGGCACCAAAUGCACCAGAUCGCUUGCAAAAAACCUUUACACAUUCAGUUCCCCUUUGGUGGAAUGAACUGCCAGCCUCCACCCGAACUACAGGAUCCUUCACCACACUCAAAAAACUGCUUAAAACAUACCUGUUCCGCAUGUAAAUGUAAUAUCAAAGACAGUUAAAGAGCAAAAAGGUUAAUAUAUCUAUACAGAGACACUUAUGUAUAAUAAUUAUUAUAACAGAUGACAGAUUCAUAACCCGUACAUAAGCUCAUGCCCACACAUCCAUCAAAGGUUAAAGCUAUGGAACUGAACAGAGUUUAUGAGUAUAUCAGUAGAAAUAAAUAGUUUUUUCUUUCCUCUGUGUCUAAUGAGGUCUCAUGCUUAUGACUGUGACUGACAGGGAUUGAUUUUGACCCAAAUCACAUUGUCCUCAACACCAGAGGAGUGCUACAAUUCGAGCUGUCCGAGAAUUCCAGUGUUAUAAAUAAGAGAAUGAGUUGCUUUCAACAAGGUCCAAGUCAUUUCAGGGUAAAAUGUUCACAACUUUUCAGCUCAGAAUGUUUUUUGAACCUGUAGAAAUAAGAAUAAUAUGAAUAAAAAUGAAACAUCAUUAGG